AUGGAUACUGAUACAUCGCAAUCAAAAUGCACAAAAUGGAGUCAUUUAAACAAAUAUUUUAAGGAAACAUUGCAUAGUGAUGCAUAUUCUGAUAUUCAUCCAAGUCAAUUAUCAGAGUUUAAUAAAUGUGGAAAAAAAAGGAAUAAUAUUGAUGAUAACCCUGCUGCAUAUAAACAGUUAAAGCUAGAUGAAGUUGGAAAAAUCUCAAAAAAAUUGAACCAAACCGAAUUUGACAAGGCUAAUAUUGAACUUGUUGUGAGCACAGUAUCACCUUUUUCAUUAAUUGAACAUCCGGGAUUCAUUAAAUAUUGUAAGCUGACAUCCAACAGAGUUCCAGCAUCUAGAAGAAAUUUUAUGCGAGAUAUAGUAUCUGAGUAUAAUGAUAUGACUGCAUCGUUAAAAGAUGAAUUAUCUCAAGUUAAUUUUGUAUGUAUCACUGCAGAUUGCUGGUCUGUAUUUCACCGGUCUUACAUGGGGUUCACAGUACACUGGUUAAAUCAAACCACAUUAGAGCGUACAUCAAAAGGACUUGCUUGUAGGAGAAUGUAUGGAAAACAUACAUAUGACAAUAUAGCUGAAAUGAUUGACAAAGUAUUAUCGGAAUUUAAUAUUCAGAAUAAGACAUCUCUCAUUGUAACUGAUAACGCGGCAAACUUUGUGAAAGCUUUCAGGUAUAGUACUUUAAUCUAACA